AUGCGUCAGCUGGAACUCUACCUGUACCAUUUAAUCCCCCUGAAGAACGGGGUGAAUGCUCUCCCGCUCAUGCCACUGCUCUUCCCAGACGGCAUGUCGGAGCGAACGCUGCUGUUGAGCAUCUGGGCCGUCCUGUGGGUGGGCGUGGGCGUGCUGCUGCCGUGCAGCUACGUGUACAGCUGCCAGCUCUCCUCGCGGCGGCUGUGGCGCCGCGCGGAGCUCAAGAGGCAACACCUGCGCCAAUUGCCCUACGGCAAAUGCCCCGCUGCAAAAUUCGAUGCCAGCAUGAACCUCGUGCCUGUCUGGACCGAAUACCUGCCCGCCAUUUGGAGAGUCCAGGGGUGCCAAAUGCUCCGCGGCAAAUCCAAGUAUGAGCCUUGUGCCAAUCUGGGCCCAGUGUCUGCCCGAAAAGAGGAGCUUCACAGGGCGUUUUGA